AUGGAGUCCACGGUGAAGCAGGCCAGGAAAGAAGACGAAGAGCAAGCGAGUGGCGGAAUCCAGCGGAUCCCGGAGGAAUGCCUGGAGAAGGCCAUCGGCCUGACCUCGCCGGCCGAUGCCUGCCGCGCCGCCACGGUGUCGGCUGUGUUUCGAUCGGCGGCGGACUCGGACGCCGUGUGGGAGCAGUUCCUGCCGCCGGACUGCGACGCCGUGCUGGAGCGAGCCGUCCACCUCGUGGACUCCUCCUCCAAAAAAGAUCUCUUCAUGGAACUCAGCGACGAGCACGUCCUGCUCGACGACGGCAAGAGGGUGAGUGCUAAAUUUCCUGAUGACAAAAAGGCAACCGAUCUGCUUUUCUUUUUUUAAACAGUUUUGCUAGAAUUCAUCUAGAUGAGAUUUAGUUUGGUCUCAUUCACCUUUUUUAGCCAUUGGAUGUGAUGCUAUAAGAUGCGUAUGUGCUAACGUGGGUUGUAUCCGUUCUUAUUUUUCAUGUGAAUGAGACCAAAUUACGUCUCAUCUAGAUGAGUUCUAGGUACUCCCUAUUUUAAAUACUUCCCCAUCCCAUAAUAUAUAAGAUAUUUUUGCUAAUUACUUUAGGUUGCAACUAGAACAAUGCCCGUGCGUUGCAACGGGACAGGGCCGUACCUGGAAAAUCAGAGGCCCUGUGCAAAUUAAAGUUAG